ACGUUGCAAAAAUAAUACAUUUUGCCUGGGUGAUGUCUUAGUAUUUCAUCUGAACUUCAGAGGCAAGCCUGAUGUUUUGAGUGAUGGAAAGGUGGAGGUGGAGUCACUUGUCAGUCACAUCUCGACGUUUUGACCAAGCAGCUUUCUCCGCACGUCCUUCAUAAACUUGCCUUCAUCGGCAACCUUGCGGCAGCCCAGCUGAGUUCGGCACCAACUAUCUGGAAAAUCCGAACAGACCAUCAUAUUCAAGAUGGGCAAGGAUAAAAAGGGUAAGAAGGACGAGUCGAAGAAGGCGAGGCUCGAGAAGAAGAAGGAAAAGCAGGCUACCAAAGGAGAGAAGAAGGCAAAAGUGAAGGCGUCCAAGGUGGACGGCAGCGAUGCCGAGGACGUCGAUCUGGAUGCCGUGCUCGAGGAAUACAAGAAACAGCAGGAGCAGUUUUUGAAGGUGACCGAGACGGUGGUUGAGCAUCCCCCGCGGGCCCGGUCAGCGGCAACAUUCCUGGCCAACCCGUCCAACAGCAACCAGCUGCUGCUCUUUGGCGGCGAGUAUUUCAACGGUUCGCUGGCCACCUUCUUUAACGAUCUCAUGAUCUACUACAUCGACCGUGACGAAUGGCGCUGCGUCACAUCCCCCAACGCUCCGCUCCCGCGCAGCGGGCACGCCUGGACCCGCGGCGGCAACCAGAGCAACGCCGUGUAUCUCUUCGGCGGCGAGUUCAGCUCGCCCAAGCAGGGCACCUUCUACCACUACAACGACUUCUGGAAGCUCGACCCAAGCACGCGCGAGUGGACCCGUCUGGAGCCCAAGGGCAAGACGCCGCCAGCGCGGUCGGGUCACCGCAUGACCUACUUCAAGCAGUACAUCAUCCUCUUCGGCGGCUUCCAGGACACGGCCAACCAGACCAAAUACCUGGCCGACCUCUGGCUGUACGACACGGCCAACUUCGUGUGGCACAACCCGGCCCUGCCGCCCGCUCAGCUCAAGCCCGAUGCGCGCUCCUCCUUCACCCUCCUCCCGCACGAGCAAGGCGCGGUGCUCUACGGCGGCUACUCCCGCGUCAAAGCCACCGCGCCCGCAAACAACAACAGCAGCAAAAGCCAACGCGGCGGCGGCGGCGGGGGGCAGCGCAACGUGCUGCGGCCCAUGAUCCACACCGACUGCUUCUUCCUGCGCAUCACGCCGCCCGCGGCGGACGCGCCCGCCGGCGCACCGCCCGUCGUCCGAUGGGAGCGGCGCAAGAAGCCGGCCAACGCGCCCAACCCGGCGCGGGCGGGCGCCACGAUGGCCUUCCACCGCGGCCGGGGCAUCCUGUUCGGCGGGGUGCACGACGUGCAGGAGAGCGAGGAGGCGAUCGAGAGCGAGUUCUUCAACCAGAUGUUUGCGUGGAACGUGGAGCGGAACCGGUUCUUCCCGCUGGCGCUGAGGAAGAGUCGGGUGAACAACAAGCCCAAGAAUUCUGGCGGGGGCGGGGGCGAGCGCGGUGCGGGCGGCAGGAGGGGGCGGGCGAGGGAGAAUGAAGAGGAGCUGCUCCGGCAGCUUGCGGCGUUGAGGGCCGGGGUGGCGGUCGAGGAUGCGGAUGACAUGGAGAUUGACCGGGGGGAUGUUGCGGGGAGGCGGGAACGGGAGGAAGAGGAGGAGAGGAAUGAGAAGAGGCAGGUUCGGGAGAUGCCGGUUAGCAUGGAGUUCCCGCAUCCUAGGUUCAAUGCCCUGCUGGCGGUGCAGGAUGACGUGCUGUACAUCUAUGGCGGCACCUACGAGAAGGGCGAUCGCGAGUUUACGUUUGAUGACCUGUACGCCAUCGAUCUGGUGAAGUUGGAUGGGUGUAAGGAGGUCUUCAACCGGCCGGUGGAGGACUGGAUUGUGAGUAUUGGGAUAGUGUACCGCCGGACUAGAAGAGUAGGGGGGGCUGACACGUUGCAGGUCUCCGACGACGAAGACGAGGAUGAAGAGGAUGACGAAUACGAGGAAGAUGACGAGGAUGAGGAUGAGGACGAGGAAGGCGACAUCGAAAUGGCAGACGAGGAUUCGAAGGCGAAGCCGUUUACACCCAGCAAGAGGAAGAAGAAGCAGGCAGGCGACGAGGUCUCGAACGCUGAUACCGCCUCCACCGCGCGAUCUACGACCCCGUCAGAGGAGGAGGAAGUCGAGUCUUCAGCAGCCACGACGGUCGAUGACGGGUUGCCGCACCCGAGGCCCUUCGAAUCCCGCCGCGAUUUCUUCCAGCGCACGUCCGCCGAAUGGCAGGAGAUCCUCAUGACGAGCCUGCGGUGGAAGGGGAUCCAGCCCGAGUCGCUGACCAUCAAGGAGAUCAAGGCCAAGGCGUUUGAGCUGAGCGAGGAGAAGUGGUGGGAUUGCCGCGAGGAGAUCACGCUGCUCGAGGAGGAGCAGGAGGCCGCGGGCAUUGGGGAGGUUGUCUCGCUUGCGGAUCGGGGCGAGGCGGCGGCGCAUGGGGCGGGUGCGGGUGCGAGGAGGAGGUAAAAUGGUUUUUUGCUUGCUUAGAGGAGUUUAUGUAUGUACAUACCAGCCAGCCGAUCGGUGUUCACGGUGCUGUUGGAAUGAAGAUUUGGAAAGUCUCACUGUUGAUGCCCUGCAAUACCUAUUCCAUACGGAUUACCCAGCUUACGGACUCAGGAGGUGAACUCCUCAGAGUGACCGUGAUAAUCAGGAACCUGUAUCGUCCCGGUGAAGGAAAUCCGUGUACCAACAAGCUGAAGGUGAGAUCUCAUAUCUACACUCCCCCAAAAGACAGUGUCUUACCGCUGCUCACCUUUCCACCCGAUAUCCGCCUUCCCCAUUUAUACUUUCUGAUUAGUAUCACGUGAUCUGGCGUCACUUGUCAACGCGGAUUCUUGAUCAGUUCGCGUGGCGUUGCU